AUGCAAAUCCUGCAGCGAUGGGCUGAGCAUUUCCAAGGCGUCCUCAACCGCCCCUCCGUCAUCUCAGACGUCGCCAUCGAGCGUUUGCCGCAAGUGGAGACCAACGCGGACCUCGAAGUCCCGCCAUCUCUCCAGGAGACCAUCAGGGCCGUGCAGCAGAUCUCCAACGGGAAAGCACCCGGAUCGGACGCAAUCCCUUCUGAGGUCUACAAGCACGGAGGUCCCCAACUGAUGGAUCACCUGACUGCGCUCUUCCAGGAGAUGUGGCCUCAAGGUGAAGUCCCGCAAGAUUUCAAGGACGCAACCAUCGUGCAUCUCUACAAGCAAAAAGGGAAUCGUCAAGUCUGCGACAAUCACCGCGGCAUCUCCUUGCUGAACAUCGCCGGGAAGAUCUUCGCUCGCAUCCUUCUCAACCGCCUCACUAACCAUCUGGAACAGGGCCUUCUGCCGGAAAGCCAAUGCGGCAUCCGCGGACAUCGUGGAACCAAGGACAUCGUCAUCGUGGGACCACGGAUAUGA